CCCGCUCCGUUCCGCGCUUGGAAGAGCGUAAGGGAACCAGAGCCGAGUCCUGCGGUUGCAGGCUCUUCUCCCGGAGACGGAGACGUGAAUGGAGACAGUCAGCAUGAAGAGGAACACGGACAGGGAUCCAAAGAAGCAGCCGACCCAGGAGGACGUCAGAGGGCUGGGCCGGCACCCAGACAACGGCCUGCUGGUCACACACAUUAACCAGACACAGGACUUACUGAGGCUGCGGGGAGCCGAGGCCCAGCCUUCAGCGGAGGAUGACUCGCGAGCUUGGCUUUCGGCUCACAGUUUAGAGUUUGAGAAGCUCACCGUGGCCGACCUGGUCAGCCAGGGCACACCUGUGCUGGAGGAGGGCAGCAGCGCCGUGGACGUGCACUUCUCCGCCCAGGCCGCCCGCCGGCUGGAGGCGAAGCUCUCUGAGAUGAUCGGACUCUAUCGACAGAGAAUUCAGUGGCUCUCGGAAAGCAGCAGAAAGGCGUUUGGCCUCCUCCCCGGGGCCGGCGUGGGGCUCCUCGUGGACGCGGCCGCCCUGGGCGGGGGCCCUCGGAGAGAAGAGUUCCUGCGCGACCUCGCGAGCCUCAUUGAUGAGCAGCUGAGCCACAAGGAGAAGCUGUUCGUCCUGACCUUCGGCACCACCACCUGCGCCCUCUGGCCAGACCCCGUGGACGUCAGCGCCUCCAGCCUCCAGGAGCUCAAACUCUGGGUAAGGACGCCGCAGCCGGAAGGAGGCAGCAAUCUGCUGCAAGCCCUGAGAAAAACCUUCGCUCUAAAGGGGCUGGAUUCUCUGGUGACCAUCCUGGGAAGCUGCCCAGAUCAGCCUCCUGAAAUCCUGUCUGACUACAUCCAACAGGCCACCCUGGGCAGGGGCCUCCACACCCACCUUGUCACCUACCAGUGCGAGGACCGGGUGCCCCCCGCUGUCCUGAAGAACCUCGCGGAAGCUGUUGGGGGCCACUACCACUGCUACAGCCCAGAGUCGGAGAUCUGUGCCGGCCCCGACGUCGAGGAGCUGCUGGCAGAAAUGCAGACGGCCCAGAGCCUCCUGGGCCAGGUCCGCGCCCUGCGCCAGAGCGCCGCUUGCCCGGAGCUGCCCGGCCUGAUGGAGGAGAUUUCCACAGAGAUUGCCAAAGGGCCAUUCAGAGGUCUCUUGCCUAAACCCCCAAAGCACGAAGCUCCCCUCACAAUUGAGUUCCCAAACUUAGACAAGACUUCUGCAGAAUGGCUCAAGGUCAAUGGCCUAAGAGCCAAGAAGCUGAACCUUUACCAGGUUCUGGCGCCCAACGCGUUCGCUCCCAUUGAGGAAUUUGUGCCUGUUCUCCAGAAAACGGUGUCGUCAACUGUCCAUGAGAAGGCAAUGGUACAGCUUCAGUGGCACGACGGGACGGUGAGGAACGUCCACGUGGACCUGCCCUUCCUCUUUGAAUACCAGAAGCAGCUCAGCAGAGCCAUGCGGAUGUAUGAGAGGCGGGUCGAGUGGCUCUCGCUGGCCAGCAGGAGGAUCUGGGGCACCGUCUGCGAAAAAAGGCUGGUUAUACUGCUCGAUCUCUCUGCGGCCAGUUCCAUGUACAUUAUUCAUAUCCAGCACUCCCUGCGGCUGCUGCUGGAGGAGCAACUGGCCAACAAGGACGCCUUCAAUGUCAUCGCGUUUGGGAGCACAGUCGAGAGCUGGAGGCCCGAGAUGGUGUCCGUGAGCCGCGACAGCUUACAGAGCGCCUGGCAGUGGGCCCUGACCCUGCAGUGUCGGGGCAGCAGGAAUGUCCUCGGCGCCCUGCGCAAGGCGGUGGAAGUGGACUUCAAGGACAAGGACAGACAACAAUCGCAGGGCAUCUACCUCUUCACAGGGGGCAUCCCCGACCAGGACAUGCCCACGCUCAGCGCCUACGUGGCCGAGGCCUGUGGGGGCUGUGACCUCCAGCUGAACGUGUGUCUUUUCUACGUGGGUGAGCCGCCCAUGGACACCGCCCCACCUGCCUGCUAUGCCAGCCGCACCGACACGGCCGCUGCCUACCGAGAGGUCACCCGGGCCGCUGGAGGCCGUUUCCACUGGUUUGGCGACACAGGCAUUUAUGAAAGUGACGACAUCAAUGCCAUCAUGUCUGAGAUGGAAAAGGCUCUCAACUACUCGCAAAAGUGUGCCUUCCUGGUGUCCUCCCUGAAGAACCAGUCCAGGAAAGACCUGGAAAGGGCAGCCCUCUCCAAAGAAAACCCCAAGAUGCUCAAGCAAAGGAGUCAGCCUAAGAGACUCUGUCCUUCCGCGCCCGCAGCCCCCUCGGCGGCCAGAAUGGUUUGACUCCCUCCCUAAUAACACACAGGAUGUUGUUU